CGUCGAGUGAACUACGAAAACCACAUCAACAGUGUAGACGACGCUCUGAAGGAGAGCUUUACGGUGUGCUCGUUACGAAGCGCGGCACAGCAUGUACGUCCUUUUGGUUUUAGCCUCGCUGAUGGCUGCUAACCCAGCGUUAGCGUACUUAUCAGCGGGCCUGAAGGAUCAGUUUCUGUCGGACGUGCUGUUGCGUGAGCUGGCCGAUAGGAUGGGGAAGGAUUUGGCGGAGGCAGCUGACUCGUACAUCGACCCGGCAGCCCUAGACGACCUGUCCGUCGGUCGGCUGGCAAUGAUGGCGCGCGUGACGAAAGACCUGGAGUCGGAGCAGCUCGAUUACGACGCCCUGUUGGAUGGUUCGAACCCGAACCCGUCGCCGCGCGAUCAGGAGUACCUGCAGCAUAGCUCUCUCUGGGGGCACCAGUACGUUUCGGGUGGUGCCGGCGAAGGACCCAACCGCCCGAAGCCACAGGUGAAGACCGACGCCAGCCUGCCCGCGUACUGCAAUCCACCGAAUCCGUGCCCGGUCGGAUACACGGAGGAUCAGGGUUGCACGAUGGACUUCGAGAAUACGGCCGCCUUUAGCCGCGAGUAUCAGGGAGCGCAGGACUGUAUGUGCGACACCGAGCACAUGUUCAACUGUCAGGCGACGGCACAGAGCGAAGGCAACCCGCAGAUGGACUCCGACUUGGAGAGCUUCAUCGCCCGGCAGUUUCACACGCAGGAGCACAAGAACCUGGUGGCCAAGAAGUUCCACGUCAAGAAGAGCUCCAAUCCGUUCUUACUUGGCGAGAAGCUACCGGUGGCCGCCAAGAAGGGAUUCAACGUGAACGUCUAGGUGAGUCCAAGGCUGGCGUACGCGCAAAGCGCACCUCUGACGACCGACCGGUUGCAACACCCGUGCACAAAAGAGGACCAGCAAAAGAAAACCUGUAAGAAAAUCUCUAAAUAAUCAUCAACGGACAAUGGCAAUGAAAAUCAAAUAAUCCUCCCUACCUUAGGUUAUAAGGCACCAGCAAACGAUACACUCACAUCCUAUCCAAUCACAAGUGGGACCGAGCAAACGAACAGAACAGAAUUACGACUAAAAUUUUGCAGUAGCCGUAGCUGGGCACAAUAGGCAUGAAUUUUCUCGUUUCCCGAAUCCGCACGGUCGGAGGGAUGCUCUGCAAAGGCAGGAAGUACUCACUAACUGUCUAACUUUUCACUCUGGCUAGACGAUUGAUGUUAGGACAGAAACCAGCAACUUUAUGGCACCCUUUUUGAAAGCGUUAGGAUCGCCUGCUGAUCAAUUCACAACCGGGCGAGGAAUCUCUGACACUCGACACUUUUACCCACCACCUUUUCCCGGGGGCACUAUUAAGCCGGUCCCCGGCACGGCCAGGCGAUCCGAUAGAGUGUAUUCAUUGUUACGGUCUUAGCAGACACUUUCAGAAGCCAGUGGCGUAACAUAGCCGACACGUUCAAUAAAUGUAAGAAAGUACGCCUUUACUGCUAGCCUCUUUCAACACGUUCGACGAUCAAUGUUUAACGGCAGAUGCUAAAACUAGUGGAGUAAGGUUACUUCCAAAUCUAUAUUUUUCUACCACGCAACUAGCAGCACUUAAAACCGGAGCUUUCACAAAUAAACAUUACGCUUUGACGAUGAACAAAAACAGCUUAUAAUACCCUUUCCAUCACGAAACGGAAUACAGAUAAAGAACCCCCAAUUGAAUUCCUCGGUACCAGCCACUGAGUCGAAAAAAAAUUCAAAUACGUGUUAACCUAACAAUAAGUAACUAAAGUAACCUGAACAACACCGAACCUUGAUUUUGAUUGUGUUGUGUAGGCCCAUUAUUCUCAAAAUUGCAAACGGAGUCAAUUCUAUCAGUCAAGAUGACCAGCAAAUACCUUGCAGCUACUUUACCCCCAGCAAAGUAGAAAAUAUGCAAUCUUCGUUCUGGAAACUACACCCUGUCCCAUGAAAUCGUUGUUGCUUUUAGACUUUGGUUUCACAGGCCGUCUGUUAAAGUAUGGAAGAAGUUCCAAGUGCACUUGCUGUGUGGACGUGCGCAACGAUAAGCCUCUUUCCUGAUCUCUUUGUCGCAAAACCCAACAACAGCCGGGUUCGGUAACAUUUCGGUUCCGAAAUCCACAGCCCCACUUCAUCCGGGCAGUUAUCGUGUGAACCGAGGGCGAAAGGAAAUGAGAUGCUCGUUGAGAUUUUCCACAACGAGUCGUCACGUUGGUGCAACUUACCGCAUAGUUUAUGCAAAUUUUUGUUUACGGUCGAACCUUCAUAGAUGUAAGCUUUUCGGUUUCUUUCAAUUUUGCUGAUUAAAGAGAACAACCAAUCAUGCUGCUCGCAAGAGCACCAGCCAAAUGCUAUUCCGUAGACAUAGUGUAGUAUAUCUUUAACAACAGUAGGGAUAGUGAAACAUCGUGAAUGUCACCAAACAAAUAAAUUAGCAAUGAACAGCUGUGAUUUUCUUCUGCCCUGCAACACACGCGAAACUGAUGUUCGAGUGUGUUGAGUCCAAACGCCAAAGAUCAGUUUCGGAGGCAAAGAAAAUCACACCAUCGAUUCCUGGGCUGCCGAGUUACCAUCAGGGCGCCAGGGUCGGGAAAUUAUCGAGCCUAAUAUUCAACCGUAAGAAGGAAGAAAACAGUAUCGCAAUCGACUAGAAAUUUGACUAUAACUUCUUCGCAACAAAUUACACACCGUGCAGAUCAACAGGUUGCAAAACAAACAGCAAGAUGGCAAACCUUUUUGCAUUCCACCGCAAAGAACAAGGUUGCUGUUGGAAGCACGACUAACACUUAAACAGAAUGCGACACAAUGAGCAAUGUUGCAACCUUGAUCGAUAGGGUUGAUCUUCGUGUCCGUUUCGGCUGGCUGCAUCUACAUCUUGAGCCAUGGGCUUUGGACCGCCGGUAAGCCAUCAAGGCGAACGAACAUCGAACGGUAGAGGCGUGAAUGGUGUUGCGAAAAAUGAAAUGCAACUACAUUCCAUCGACAGUUGGAUUCCAUUUCCUUCGCCCAACACGCACGCUUCCAUCGGAUUCGGCGGAUUCGGAGCCCACUUUUUCGAAGUGGACACCAACGGCAACCCAUCGCGCAACAUGAUUACACUGAAUUGCAUUACACACAAAUGACACAAACGAGAGCGCGCGAGUUGUACGCGCGCGAAACACACGGACCAGAGUGUUGGGAUGUGACUAGGGCGUGAGAAACAUGUAUACAUGUUAAGAGCAACAUACCAAUUUAAAACCACACACCACAAAUUACUGUUAGUGAUACGAGAGAGAGAGAGAUAACGAGCGGCUAAACGCGAGAAUGCAUAUUGUAAAAUGGCAUAUUUAUAUUAUUCACACUGAUAAAGUCGCCGUGACUGGCGAUGAGCACGGAGAGAGCAAAAAUUAUAUAUAUACAUAAAUACAUGUAAUCUACUUUUGUAUUUAUAUCCAUAAAUAUUAUAUAUAUACACACAAACUCACCUUACAUAAACAGUAUGCCGAGGUAGUGGUAAUAGGAACGUGUAACGAGAUCAGAACAAAAUCGAAACAAAGCAGCUGUUUAGUAUUUCGAUUAUUUUAAUAAAUAUGACAAUAUUCAACUAAUAAUUAUAGUAUACACGCAAAUACACAAACACACCGAUUUAACAUGCCGUUUUCUAGCGCCCCCCUAUAAUCCCGGCGCCAUUCUAAUUGCCCGCGGAGGCCAAUGCAAAAUCGUGUGUCGUACCGUACUCUCCGCUAUUUACAUCAUCGUAGACCAAACCAACCGAAAGGAAUGGAUGCAUGCUAAACGUAUGUGCUUAUGUUAAAACAAUCGAAGAGCUUUAGUACAGUUUUUUUCUAAGUUGAUAAAACCUAUAGUUUCAAAUCAGAAUGUUCACUAGUGACCAUUGAUUAGUGCCACGACCUCAUUCGACAGAAUGCCAAAAAACGGCUAAGGCCACAUGUUCUUGAGCCACGUGUUGGCUACAACUGAGUGCACCUGAAAUGGAGCAGAAAGAAGCGCACAGGAGUGGAAAGUACACCCAGAUCAACCGAAACCAUAUGCCAGUUCAUGAAUGCUUCUAAGACCCCUUCUAUAGUAUUAAAACACACACACAAAAUGGCAGCUAACCCUAUCCUCCUUUUGUAACUUCACCCGUCUUUCACUCACGCGAAACAUUGAACAUGCUUUCUUACCCGGUAACUUAAACCAAUAUAUCAAUUCCAAAUUAAAUGAAUACAGUUUUCGAGUCUCCGGACUACUGUUAGUCAACACAAGAUAACAUGUUGUUGAAAUAAGAAUAACCAACUCUAUCAGAGCAAUAGUUACAGGACAGGAAGAGAUGAUGCGACUGGAACGAAACAGAACACCUAUCAGCAGCGUACGUCUAGUACAGUCACGCCUGAACGGCAAACCACAAGUUCCGUACACUAGAAACUUAUAGAACCACACAUCUGAAUCGAAUGAGAGCGGGCACAACACCCACAGAAGCAGAAGUCGAAGAACACGGGGAAAGAACGAAAAAAAUGAAAAGUUAAACUAAAAACAACUUGCAAAAAAAUUAAAUAGAAAUAUAUCAUAAACCUUCA